AGCACCUGAAGUAGGAACGCCGGCCGCGUUGAGCAAACUCGAGAUUCAUUUUAAGUUUGCUAAUUGUAAGAGCGUUCUGGAUGUAACUGAAAUACAUCUUCCAAUCGACAACUGACAAGGAUAGUUCAUCGACUACAGCACACUUUUAAUUUCCAUUCGACUGGACGAGGUCAGUAUUCAGUGUAACAGACCGAAUAAAGACAACGGAUCAACAAGAUGUCGGCAAAUGGUAAACCAGAGGGCGCUUACCCAUCGAUGAUGGGGCUCUCAUAUAAGGUGCUCAAAUUAUGGACAUCUGAUAACCUUUUCCAACAUUACCUUGGUUUUUCCAAGGGCGGAAUCACUUUCACUCUAGCGCAUGCAAGAGUGCUGUUUAUACAAAUGCAAUCUGCUGAUUAGACGAACUAUCCUGCAUACACCUGCAAAACAUUAAUACCAAUAUAAAUACUAACCCACCUCUUCUAAUCCUCGGCGCGGAAAAGGGGAAGAGUCCGCUAUUGUCUGGCGCUGAUUGGGCACCUGGAUGCGAUAGUGGUGUAUACGAUCGUGUGGCGCAGAUUAUCGGCGAUUUGGAGAAGGGUAAUAUUACCUGAUAAUGCUUACAACAAUACCACCUCAUAGUGAUUGCAACAAUAGGUUUUUGAUGAAGACAACGUUAAACUUAAAGUCUUACGAUGUCUAAAGACAACGACGAUACUAGGUAGGGAUUACAGCUAUCAGAUACAAUGCGAGAAGGAUCAAUGACCAUUCCAUCAACCUCAACGAACCAGGUGGCGAAGAAAAGGCACUCGACUAUGCACAAAAGCUUGACAAUUGGCCGGCCGAGAAGAAGACGCUUCUGCUCACGGCCAGCGAAAUCGAGAAGCAAGUUGCCGUUUUGAGUGAAUCAGCCAGAAACGAUAUCGCGGUGCAGAUGGACAGAGUACUAUUUUCAGCGGUGAAAUAAGAGAGAGCUACUGGAUUCCGAAAAAAAGAUAAAAUCAGUACCAUUCGGUCUACUCUCUGACUCUCUUCCAGCAGAAAAAGAAGACAAUCUAUGUAUCAUAUUGAUUCGAAUCUCAUUUACUUACUUGCUUUUCAACAAGAAGAAUCAACAAACCUUAUAGCAAUAAACCCUUGUGAACACCCACCAGAUCAGGAAAUUUGCGGUUGCGCAGAUGUCCCAUAUGAACUCCUUCGAGAUGGAACUCUCACCUGGUGUCUACACAGGACAAAAGUUAAGGCUUGGUAAGUAUUCGUAUUAGGUAAGUAGGACUCUUUUAUUUAAGAAGAUGCUUGUGGAUACGAUUUUCAAGGGGACAAUGGGUGUUAGAAGUAGAAGAAGUUAGUAGUUCCUACAACUACAUAGUUGAACCACCACCCACAGUACGACUAUCAACUACUUCUACUUCUAACACCCAUUGUCCCCUUGAAAAUCGUAUCCACGAGCAACUUCUUAAAGGACUGCUACCUAAUGAAUACGAAUCAAUACCAAGUUCCACAACUUAAAGUAAGUAGUCCUACCAAGAAUGAAUUGCAAGUUCUAACACCUAUCGUCCCCUUGAAUGCCGCCGGAUGCUAUGUGCCGGGCGGACGAUAUUCGCAUAUCAGUUCCGCAGCAAUGACCGUGGCAACCGCAAAAGCCGCUGGGGUGAAACAUGUGGUCGCAGCAAGUCCACCCAUGAGGGGAACGACUACCAUCCACCCAGCUACCCUGUACGCGAUGCAUUUGGCUGGCGCGGAUUCGGUUCUCGUUUGCGGUGGCGCACACGCGAUUGGAUCUCUAGCUUUUGUUAUGGUGUAGUUCUGCGACUAUAUAUACGGUGCAUAAUAAACACGAUGCUGGUAGAUGUGUUUUACACCUCUAGUUUUUAGACCUCCUCUGGUGUCUGUAGAGUAGAGUUGGAUCUCUUGCUUUUGUUAUGGUGCUGUAGGUCUGCUACAUAAACAUAGUCUGGAAUGUAAGUAGAUGUGGAAAGUCACGACCAAAGGGUCUAAUUUCUGAUGUACAGUUUUCAACUUCACCAUAAGUAGUAAUUAUCUUGCAGCCGCAAUGAAUACGAAUAGACAUGAUAGCGUUCUACUUUAGCAUCCUGUUUGUUGACGACAUGGGAUUGAUUAUUCUCUGGCUAAAAAGAAGAGACAAAGGGAGGAGUUGUAGGUGUGCUCACUGUUCUAUGUUGUACUUCAUGUUGCAGUAGAGAAGUUGUAUGUGUACUCACUGUCCUUCUAUGUUGUACUUCAUGUUGUAGUAGAGAAGUUGUAUGUGUACUCACUGUUCUAUGUUGUACUUCAUGUUCUUGCAGUAGAGAAGUUGUAGGUGUUCUCACUCUUCUAUGUUGUACUUCAUGUUGAUGUAGUAAAACAGAGUAUAAGUAGCGUAGAUCUCGUCUGAUAGGGAACCACAGAAUAGAAUAGUUAACAUAUUUUUACUAGAUCUCUUCUAAUCUGCGUCUCUUUACUGGUGCACCAGCUGAUAUCAUUGUGGGACCGGGAAACUCGUUUGUCGCAGAAGCAAAGCGCUUCCUCUAUGGUCGUGUCGGAAUCGAUAUGUUCGCAGGACCUACAGAGAUUCUUUGCUUGGCUGGUAUAAUUAUGUUUCUUAGUAGUUCAGUUUUUUAAAGUUUAAUUAUUGGGAAGGAAAUCUUCGAAGAUGUUAAACUGCUGGUGCUCCUUCAUGUGAGCAAGUAGUUGGAACCGAACUGACUACAAGAAAACCGCUUCAAAUAAAGCACAUGUACGUAGUCCUGUACUUCUUCUUCUUAAACUAGCUACUCCAACAUCAAAAUUUUAAAAUUAUUUACUGCACCAGAUUCCACCGGUGACGCUCGUAUUUUGGCAACGGAUUUGGUCUCGCAGGCUGAACAUGGUCCAACGAGCCCAGCAUGGUUUUUCACAACCUGUCCAGAAUUGGCAGAACAAGUCGAAAAAUUGGUCCCAGAGUUGAUCGAGGCACUUCCUGAGGGCAAUCCAGCGCGUGAAAGCUGGCCGGAUUACGGGGAGAUCAUCCUUCUUCCAAGUAGGGACGAUAUGCGACAACUGUCCGAUCUGUACGCCGCAGAGCACCUUGAGGUCCACUGCAAGGACGAUUUGGAUUGGUGGUUGUCAUUAAGGAGCCACUUUUCUUGAAAUAUUAACUUUAUCUUCAUGUUCAACAUCAAGAACAAUCUCAGCUGCAUGGGAAGGGCAAUUGGUACAACUAGCACAACAAGGCAUGUUCAAAAAUCUCAGGAGCUGUAUGGGACGGGGCAGGGUGGUACAAGCAGAACAAGGCUUGUGUCUCUGCAAUGAGUGAGCCGGUUGUAUCAUUAUCUUCAUGUUGGUUUUUUGUUUUCUAGUUAGGUGUGCUCCACCGAUUUUAUCAUUAUCUUCAUGUUCAACAUGAAGAACAAUCUCAGCUGCAUGGGAAUUGGUAGGAGCACAACAAAGCAUGUUCAAAAGUCUCAGCUGUAUGGGACUGGGCAGGGUAGUACAAGAACAAGGCUUGUGUCUCUUCAAUGAGUGAGCCGGUAAGCGAUACAUGAUAGAUAUACGGGGCCUCUAUCUAUUGGAGCAACUAGAUAUCUAGGGGGGCCUCUACGAACUCGAUACAUGAUAGAUAAGAGGUAAGCGUUGAUUUGCCUCUUCUAGAACUAGAAGUACUUCUUGUUCUCCUUCUAAUCUGAAAGCUAACCAACUAUGGUUCUCUCUUCUUGGGUGAAGAGACUUGCGUUUCUUACGGAGACAAAAUCUCUGGGCCCAACCACGCUUUGCCGACGUUGAGGGCGAGUCGUUAUACUGGUGGCUUGAGUGUCGAUAAGUACGUGAAGAAGUUGACGUACCAAAGGAUGACGAGGGACGCGAACCGGGAGUUGGGCCCGCUCUGUGCGAGAAUAAGCAGAAUGGUUAAGACUGUUGUUUCUACUACACAUUUUCUAUUAAUGAGAUAGAUCGUUCGUCGGAGAAAUAUUUUUUACAAUCAUUGCCGAGUGGAUGCAAAUCUUUCAUCAUAGAUUGAUCUAGUUGAGUUUACUACUUCAAUGUGACAUCAAGAAAUUGAUUCAUGAUGGGUGAAUAAGUGGUUACUGGUAAACACCAAUCCACCACCACCACCUCCUCCGACUUCUUCUCUAACCCAAAGGGCAUGGAGGCUCAUGCGCGAGCUGCGGACGAACGUUUGGCACAGUGGUUUCCCGAAGAGCAGUUUGAGUUGAAACCGAAGAUGCUGACGGAGGAGGCUGAAAAGGAGGCUGCAGCAGCUCAGUGAUAUAUGAUCGUCAAAUCAUGAAGGAUUGGAGAAGUAGAUGGAUAAGGAUUUAAGAAUAAAUAUUUGUAGAUAAAUUGAUUCCUUAAAUUAUAUCUGAAUCUCUUCUUUUCGAGUAAGUACUUACUAGCUUGGAGCGUCCGAUAACAUCCCUCCCACUAGGAUCCCCCUCCUCCCCAAAGUAAGAAACUAAGCAUGGCAAAGAUGUAAGCGAUACGCGUUCUCAAAUUUCGAAAAUUUUCCACGUUUUGCCAUCGUUUGGGGAUUGGGUCUCGUGCGUUUGAAGUCAAGGGCUAAGAUCCCAAAGCGUUUUGACUUUCAGCCCUUUCGCUGAAAUUUAAUGCCUUGGCUUCGCGUUUUUCAAAUUUCGAAAAUUCUCCCCGUUUUGUUGUCGUUUUGGGAUUGAAUUUUGUGCGUUUGAAGCGCUAAAGCGCCUAAGUUUUUGACUUUCAGCCCUUUCUCUGAGAUUCAGUCUCUUGGAUUCGCGUUUUUCAAACUUCGAAAAUUUUCCACGUUUUGGCGUCGUUUUGGGAUUGAAUUCCGUGCGUUUGAAGUGCUAAGAUCCCAAAACUUUUGACUUGAAGCCCUUUCCCUGGGAUUCAAUCUCUUGGCUUCGCGUUUUUCCAAUUUCGAUAAUUUUCCACGUUUUUCGUCGUUUCGGGAGUGAAUCCCGUGAGUUUGAAGCGCUAAGACCCCAAAACUUUUGACUUUAAGCCCUUUCCCCCGAAAUUCAAUGCCAGCCUUGGCUUCGCGUUUUUCAAAUUUCAAAAAUUUUCCACAUUUUGUCGCCGUUUUGAGAUCGAGCCUCGUGAGUUUGAAGCGUUAAGAUCCCAAAAUUUUUGAUUUUAAGCCCUUUCCCUGAGAUUCAAUCUCUUGGCGUCGCGUUUUUCAAAUUUCGAAAGUUUUCCACCUUUUUCGUGAUUUUGAGAGAGAGUCCUUUGACUUUGAAGGGCUAAGAUCCUAAAAUUUUUGAUUUUAAGCCCUUUCGCUGGAAUCUAAUUCCUUGGAUUCGCGUUUUUCAAAUUUCGAAAAUUUUCCACGUUUUGUCGUCGUUUUGGGGUUGAGUCUCGUGAGUUUGAAGCGUUAAGAUCCUAAAAUUUUUGAUUUUAAGCCCUUUCCCCCGAAAUUCAAUUCCAUGGCGUCAUGGUUUUCGUGGUUUCUUGGUUUCUUGGUUUCAUGGUUUGGCUUCCUGGUUUCUUGGUUUCGUGGUUUCAUGGGUUCGUGGGUUCAUGGGUUCGGGGUUUGUUUGUUUUUGUGUCGGAGGUUUUGGGUUUGGGUGUUGGAGGUUUUGGGUUUGGGUGUUGGAGGUUGAGGUUUCCGAAGGGAUGUGUUUGCAAAGUUUUAUUGCUCUUAAUAUUAGUUGAGUCUUAUCUCCUGACGAGUCUAUCAUUUGAUUGAAAUUUAAACGUCUACCAUUUUCCAUUUUUUAACCUUUUUUUUCAGCUCCAUCUGUGUCUGCCUUCCUAGUUUAAUAUCACUAGGACGCUAGCGCUACGUUUACGUAGGUAUGAAAAAGUACUUGAAAAUUAGUUGCACCUCAUCUAGUUCUGCUCCUGCUUGAUGAGAGGAUUUUUUUGUGUGCUAAGCAACUAAUUUUGAUGUCCACAGUCAUUAGUCAGCGAACAAUACUCAACUACUCAGUCGGACCAAGUGUUGUUGUAGAUAUAAGUAGAUGUAGUCUCUCUUCUGUCCAUGUGUCGUUGCAGUACUUCUAGGUAGAUGUACUAGUUGUAGCUCAUACUUUCUUCAACCCCAUCUAGCCUCCAAUAUGUUAGCAAGAGAUUUGAACGAUGUUGAAAGUUGCAUACAUUAGAGCGCCCUUUUUUCUGUGCAGAAAGAUAAGUUUCCAGCUUCUAGUCUUGUUACAACUAGUUACUGAUGAAAAUAGACUGGUAAAAAGAGUAGUAUAGCUUUAUUUAGUACUACUAGUGGCACGACGACGACAUAGUACUAGAAGUUGGUGCUUAUGAUAGUAUCAGCGCCGUUGCUUCAAAAAGUCGAGGACCCUAUCGAUUCCAUAGAUGAAAGUGUCGACUCGUAUCACGUGAUAGGUGUAAAAAACUUUUUAGUCUUGAUCAUCUUUGUCGAAAUGGUCUUAUGAGGGAAUCACGUCUUAGUGUAUAAAAGAUAUUCAAGUUUUUAAGGCUUCCACUAACCCGUCUCUAUCGGUAAUAUUCCUCAACCGUAUGUAUCUAUGCACCUAAAAAAUACAAGGGGAUUGUCGAGGCAUACUGUUAGUUGAGGGAUUUCCACAGGGAUGAAGUCGGGAGAGGCCUGGUUAAGAUAAUGAUAUUGCUUAUAUGCUCUAGAACCUCUCUGAACCCAAUCUUCUAUGCAAAUAGUUGAUAGGACCCAUUUUUUCCUCUAACUACCAAUCGCCGUUGUUCGUCCCAUGUUAGAGAAAAUGAAUAAAUGAUGAAUGUUGAUCGCAGUACUAAGUAUUCCUCAUCCUCAUCCCUCUCUGUAAAAUCCUUGGCGUGUUGGCCAUAGUAAUACUCCUCAAACCCGUGGUGCUUAUUUGCAUCAAAGGAAUGAAGAUUCACCGUUACUAUCUUGUCUUGCCAGUAGUCGAGAAUGGCUACUUAAGACGCACGAUAGAUGAUGAGCUAGGAGGUCACCAAAAAGUCUUGCUGUUAAGUAUUCUUGUAGGAACUAAAACUAGGGUAGUAGAAGUAGCGUACAAGAACUUAUCGAUUCUACUACGUACUAGUCUAUGCAAGAAGAUGCAAUUCUACUACGUACUAGUCUACGCAAGAAGAUGCAAUUUUACUACGUGCUAGUCCUCUAUUUACGCAAGAAGAUGCAAGUAUUGCUUGGGUUUGUGUGGUGCAGAGAUGCAUUAGGGAAAUGAAAUGGGGAACGAUGAAGACUUCUAAUAUUCUAAGACUAUACUACUUCUACAUCAACAUCAAUUUAUAAUCAUGAUCAUAAUGAAUCUAAGACUAAGAGAGCGUUGACAUCGACAUGUUUAUAGCAUAAUGUACAUUUUCUCGUGUAAGUUGUUCUUGCGGGCAUGAUAUUUGUAGUAAUUGUAUAACAGCAGCUGCCAUCAGGAACUACAGGAAGGCGAAGGUCGGAAUGCAUGGGAUUUCUCUUUCUGUAUCAUAUUUGAAGUUUCGGCUGUAAUUAGCUCCUUCAACGUAUUCGUAUUCAUGUAGUAGUUGUAGUUUUCGAUUCCGCAGCUAUCUAAAAAAUGAUAUUCAUCUUAAGUCUGUCAAUGCUUCAUAUCAAUCUUCGAAAAACCUUCAUAAGAUGAAAGGCUAUUUAUGUAUAAUUGUCUUGAUCUCGAUCUAAAUAAACUGCAUAUAACGAACUGAACAGGGAAGAUUGACUGUAAAAACCGAGAAAUCUUGAUC